AGCAUCCGACUCCGAGUCCCCGACCGACGGCUAUAAAUUACCGGCACCUCCCUCCGAAGCUCCGCUCCACGACCCCAUAUUUUUUUAUUCCCCCCUCCUCCCCGGAUUGAUAAUCCUAGCUAGCGACCCCCCCAAUUCGGCAAUCCUUCACGCCGCUUUCCCGGAAUCCCGAGCGCGCUCGCUUGCUUUCGCGGCGACGAGAGGCUAAAUUCCGGCGGGAAAAAAAAAAGGAUCGAACCCAAAUCCGAUCGAUCGCGGCGCAAUGCCUUACUGCGAGGUGGACAGGUACCAGGACGGCGAGCAGUGGGAGGGCGUCCGCCUCUUCUACACCCGCCACGGCCGCGGCGCCACCAAGGUGCUGCUCGUCGUCGGAUUGGCCGGGACGGGGAAGUCGUGGGCCCCGCAGAUAAAGGGGCUGACCGGGUCCGUGGAGCCGGCCGACGAGGAGAACGCCGCCGCCGCCCCGCAGACGGCGGACGAGGAGACCGGCGGCGCCGCGGCGGCUCCGGAGGACGAUGACGGCGAGGGCAUCGAGGUCUGCUGCUUCGACAACCGCGGCGUCGGCAGCAGCACCAUCCUCCCGCAGAAAUCCCAUUACUCGACGACGAUCAUGGCGAAGGACGCGCUGGCCUUGCUGGACCAUUUGGGGUGGAAGAAAGCCCACGUCUUUGGCCACUCCAUGGGUGCGAUGAUUUCCUGCAAAUUGGCAGCGAUGGCGCCUCACAGGAUAUCCUCCUUGGCAUUGCUUAAUGUCACUGGGGGUGGGAUGGAGUGUUUCCCAAAGCUAGAUGGGCCGAUGCUCUCUCUUGCAUUUCGUUUCUUGAGAGCAACAACUCCCGAACUAAGAGCUCAUGUAGAUUUGGAUACACACUAUACAAAGGAAUACCUUGAUGAGAAAGUCGAAUCCUGCACAAGGAGAGAAGUCCUGUACAAAGAAUAUGUGAAGAACAUAUCAUCUACAGGGAUGCAAUCUAGUUGUGGCUUUGAAGGUCAACUCAAUUCAUGCUGGACUCACAAAAUGACAACGAAAGAACUAGAUACAAUACGUGAUGCUGGUUUUCUAGUUUCAGUUAUUCACGGAAGGUCUGAUAUUAUUGCACAACUCUGUCAUGCGAGACGGCUUGCGGAAAGGCUUGCUCCUGCUGCUAGAAUGGUGGAACUUCAAGGCGCACAUCUAGUAAGCCACGAAAGACCAGAGGAGGUCAACAAUGCACUAAUGGAGUUGAUAAAGGCCACCAAGUCCAUGACGACACCUCAUGAGUGGUCGUCCCAGCCAGAAAAUACAUCAGGAUUGAUAAUGAUGGGGUUUGAGCACAUGAGGAACAUUGUAAGAGUAAUGAAGCCAGUGAAGGUUGCAGCAAUUGAGUCGUAAGAAACAAGGACAUGUAAAUUAUUCCUGAACCCGUCGAGGAGAUCGUAUUUUAUGUCUCCUCUGCUGUGGAGAUGAUUUUAGAGUAGCAUCUCCAAGAAGUGAAACCUUUUUCUUCUUUUCUUGAGAAAGCCUCUGUUCUUGGCGGCAGAGUAAUACGAGAUCACAGCAAAGCUAAGGAACUACAGUGUGCACCUGGACAGAAGCGUCACAGGGCAUCGCUGCUGUACUUCUGUUAGUUCGGGAAAAGGGUAAAUCCAUGUACCUGUAUGAGUGUAAAUUGUAACCAUAUCAUGGGCCGCUUGUUGUGUUGUGUUCCUGCCGUCACCAUUCUUCUGUAUUACAUACUGUGAUUACUCUUGCAGGGAAUAAAUCGGCUCGGUCUUUCACUUUC